GGAGCUUGCAAUAUAGAGAAGAGAAGCGAAGCCAAUCUCUCCCUCUCCCUCUCAAGAACUGAUUCUUCCAACUGAAGAAAGAAUAAAACUAGGCUUUCCAUUGUCGUUCAAUGUCAGUUUUGGUUUCGCAGCAGAGAAAAUCUGAGCUUUUGCUUUAAAGGUAGAAAAUACUAAUAAUUGCCCUUGCUCAGUUGCAAUUCCCAAGCCUGAAUUUGUUGGCAAAGAUUCACGUCUUUUUUGAGACACCUAUCAGUGGUGGUUUACAAUUGUAUGGCUGUGGCAUUCAACCAUCUCUCAUGGUGGUUGUGGAGUGGAAAGCAUCAAGAGCCCAAAGUUCCCAAUGGGUCUUCUUUAAAUUCUUCUCCUGAUUCCAGCUUGUUGGAAUCUGAUAAUCUAAAGUUUCCAUUGGUUCGGGGGACUAAUAUGGCCUCAUCAUCAAGGAGGAUCAAGCGCAAAUGGCAUAGCCGGGAAGAGAGAAAAUUUGAUAGGGAAUACGAUGUUGUUCUUGUGCCAUCUGAUGGUGGAUGUGUUUCAGGUUCUGAGUCUGAUAAUUCUGAUUAUUCAGUUGGGUGGUUGGAGCCUCCUGGACCUGGAUUCCAUAGUGAUGAUGAGACCGACAACAGUUUUGCUGUCCUAGUUCCUUGUUAUGGACGUGUUCAUGAUGAUAGGGUGGAGGUUUCAAAGAACAACAUUUUAGGAGCCAUUGUCAGAGUCCCAGAUAGUUAUUCUGAUGACAGCAAGAAAUUUAUGGAACAGUGGCUUUCUUCCCUUCAGAACAUCUGAUAUUCAUGAUGGCCAAUAGAAGCAAAUUGGGUUCUACUGUGCUCUUGGGCUGCUGCUGCUGCUGCUGCUGCAUCUUCUGUGAGGACCUGUCCUGUUGCUUUGACAUUGAAAGGUAAAUGUACAAAGAUGUAAUAUAACCUAGUGUUCAGUAUUGACCAAAAAAAGGAAAAAAAAAAAGGAAAAACAAAAACAAAAAAGGAGCUGGCUGGUGUGGUAUUUUGGUGGUAGCAUAGGACUCGCAAACAUUGGCUCGAAGGUGAUAAUAAUACGUGUGAAGAGCAGAAAUGGCAGAAGCUUGUGUUAAUGUACAAGGAGCAGAAGCCGCAGAGAGUGGAUCUACAACAACCACCUUGGCGGCAAGACAUGUUUUUGUAGAUGCUUCUUGGAAGACGUUGCUAAGAGGACCGAUUGUUGUCGUCCCCUUAUCUCUCGCCACGACUGGGAUGGAAAACCAUUGUGUGAUAAAGCGUUUGCUGGCAUGUGUUGCAGAUGAAAACUGGGGGAGAGAAGACAAGUGUGUGUGUGCGCGCUAGCUAUUCUUUCAUGUAAAUAUAUUAUCUGUACAUAACGAAGCAGGUCCUUGCCUAGUGCUUCAUCUUCGUGUAAAUAAUUGCAAUUGCUAGUGUAAAUAGCUGAGAUAUUCAUGAGAUUAUAUGUUCCUUUAUUUUAUGCAUUUUAAGGCCAAUUCCUGU